CAUUCCACAGCUGACGGACUCCGAGGGAUGAGAGAGGGAUGCUAAGGAACUGUUUUCCUUCAGCGCAGGAAAACGGGCUACCGUCACCCCCCAGCAGACAGCAGAAUGUGACUGAAAUAUCGCGGGCGGAGACCGUCAACCAGGUGAUGCCAGUAGACCGGGAUGGACAGAUAUCAUCGCAACAGUUACAGUAGCUAAAAUGGCACAUUUUAGGAUUGUAAUCUGUUGAAAUAGAAAGUAAACAUCUGCUAUCUGCAUCAAUAUAUAUUGAAUAAAGACUCCACUCUUGACCUUUAGACCACGUCACACCUGCCAGCAAUAUGUUGGGUUAAGAAACUCAGAAGUCUUCGAUCUUUGACACUGCAGUGAGUGUUUCCCUGGAAGACCAGGCUUUAGUAUUGUUGGACUGUUGAAGAGGCUUUCAUCAAGAUGUUCACCGCUCUGAAGAAGCUGGUGGUUUCUGAAGCAGGGCAGCUCAGGGAUAGAAAUAUUCCUGCAGGCCUGCAGUCCAUGAACCAGAGUCUACAGAGGCGUUUCGCCAAGGGCAUACAAUAUAACAUGAAAAUAGUCAUCCGUGGGGACAGAAACACAGGUAAAAGUGCACUUUGGCACCGACUUCAAGGGAAAAAGUUUCUGGAAGAGUACAUCCCCACGCAGGAGAUCCAGGUCACCAGCAUUCACUGGAGCUACAAAACAACAGAUGAUGUAGUGAAAGUUGAAGUCUGGGAUGUGGUAGAUAAAGGGCAAAAGCUUCCUCUUCCAGAAGGUGUAGGGAAAGGGAAAAGACGUGGAGAGAAUCUGAAAUUGGAAAAUGAACCUCAGGAGUCGGAAACUGAGAUGGCUCUCGACGCAGAGUUCCUGGAUGUUUAUAAGAACUGUAACGGCGUGAUCAUGAUGUUCGACAUCACUAAACAGUGGACGUUCAACUACAUCCUUAGGGAGUUGCCAAAAGCGCCGACACACAUCCCAGUGUGUGUCCUGGGUAACCAGCGGGACAUGGGCGAGCACAGGGUCAUCUUACCCGACGACAUCAGAGACUUCAUCAACAGUCUUAACAGACCUCCAGGCUCCUCCUACAUCCACUAUGCCGAGUCCUCCAUGAAAAACGGCUUUGGUCUCAAAUACCUCCAUCGCUUCUUCAACAUCCCAUUCCUGCAGCUGCAGGUCAGAGGAAACUCUCAAAUUUACAGUAUGUUUGAUGUGGCGCAGGAGACUGAGGACCAGAACUAUGACAUAUUUCUUGAGAUGAUGGAGUCACGCAAAGCUUACGGCUCACCGGCACCCUCUAAUGGCCAGAGCCCGUCCUCGGGCUCCCAGUCCCCUGUGGUGCUGCCCGGUGCUGCCUCUCCCAGUAACUCCAGCCCCAGUACCCCACAGGCCCCUGUCCCGCUCCAGACCCAAUCCGCCCCUCCACCACCUCCAUCUAUACCACACCCUCCCGCACAGAUCACAGCCGACCAUGUACCCCAGACACCAUCACAAACCCUGGAGCCUUCGCCUGCAGCACCGGUGCCCGCACCUGCCCAACCCGCACCUCCUCCUGCCCAGAAACGAGGCUUCAUCUCACGCCUGUUCGGAUCGUCUGCUGCAGAGACGUCACCGGACAAACCAGAAACUGCAGGUUCUGAAGGCCCGAAGUCCUCUGGAAAGGUGCAGAGUGUGGAUGAAUUUGUGCCGGAGGUGGGCCUGGACCGGACCUUUCUGGAAGAUGGUGGAACAGCAGCAGCAUUAGCAGUUAAAUCAAAGAAAAAUCCUCCAGCAUCAGCUCCCAUCCUGGACAGUGAUAGUGAUGGAGAGGGACGGGGAAAUCCUCUGGUCUCCGGCUUCCAGGAUGAUUUAGAUCCGGAUGACAGAGCGCUGUCCCAGCCUGCCGUUAAAGCGGCGGUCCCGAGCAUAGGCGUCACCCUCACGAGUGAUGAUGAGGAGGAAGAUUCAUCUCUGCCCUCUGCUGCCCGGCACAAAGGCAUCGGCUCGGGGCCAAACUCAAAGGGAUCUACAGUGAAUUCUGUCAAACAGCUGCAAACCAAGUCAAAACCAGCAGAGAGACCCCAAAGCCUGAAAACCACAGCAGGACCUGCAGUGCAGCGAGAAGGCCUGAAGACAGGAGGCGCUGUUGAGGCCAACUCGGAUUCAGACCAAGAGGCUCCAGUUGCUCAUCAGAUCAUUUCAUUUGUCAUGGACGACCCUGAUUUUGAGAACGAAGAGCUUGAUGUACCUAAUAUCAAGAAGGGCACUUUUUCUGCACGAGAUGACUUAUCUGACCGGUCGGAUGAUGGGUUUGUGUUAGCUGGACUCCCAGGGCCCCCCAAACCUGUUGCCCCCUCAUUUCAGACCCUCACCAGCAACAUUGACCUGUUUGGCCUGGGAUUUGAAGAGACAAGACCUAAUAGUAAAGACAGCAGUGAAGACCAGGAAGAUAAUGAAAGCAGACACUCCACAAAGGACAAGAAAAAGAAGAAAAAGAAAAGCAAAGAGGAGGAUGAGAAAAGCAGCAAAAAACGACACAAACACAAGAAAAAGGAAAAAGAUGACGUGGGAAUGGGAGAUGAGAAAGAAAAGAAGAAGAAAUCAUCAAGGACCAAGAAAGCAGGAACUGUGGAUGAUCUUGAGGCCUUCCUGGCGGGUGGAGACGGACCAGGAAACAGUGAGGGCGGAGACUAUGAAGAACUCUAACCAAUCAGGGUUUGACAUCAACACCGUGUGACAUCGCCAGGUCAUUUUCCAAUCCAUUCCACUUGUUUUUUCAGUGCCUAACCUUUCAGAUUUUCACAGCGUUUUUGUUCUUCCAGCAUUGCAGCUUUAUGAAUUGAUAUGUGGCACCAUUGUUCACAUCAUGCCGUUUUCCAAAGUGUAUCAGUAUUUUCAGACCUGUAACUUUUAGAUGCGUUUUUCUGAGACAGA